AUGACUAUGGCUGAGGUAGAAAUGGAGCCGCCGACAGACAGGGCGAGCCGGUCGACGGUCUAUAAGACCAACAACAACCAUCCGCUGGCCACGAACAACAACAACCACCUGCACCACGUUCCCAGCACUCGUCCUGUGGUCGUUAAACACAAAAAGAGGAAACGCCUGAACCAAGUGCUGGACAGGUUGGCUGGCCAAGUGACUUCGCCCAACAACAACAAUAAUAAUAACAACAACAACAAUAAUAACAAUAACAACAACAAGAACAACAUCGACAUCGAUGUCGUCGCCGUGAAAGAAGAUGAGUCAACUAUCAAGGACGGCGGUGGUUCGGUGACGGCCAUGGUAGUGGUGGACGGCGGUCACGGCGACACGGUCGUCACGAACGGCGUCGGGUAUGAGAGCGACGAGUCGCUGCGGAGGUCGUGUAAAGACUACGAGGAACCGUUCAGCCCGGCCGGGUCGUCGUCGUGCAACCGAUCGCCGCGCAGCUCGCACACCGACUCGCCGUUCAGCCCGAGCCGGACGAGACCGGACGACCCAUCACUCCCACUUGCUACCGCGCAACCGCUACCACAGCAGUUUCACCCACCACCGACGCUGCCGCCGCACCCGCUGCACCACUAUCUCAAGUACCCGAAGUGCGACUGCCUGUUCUGCGGCGGCGACGGCACAUCGCCUCCUCGUCACCCACUACCGCCGAUGCUACCGCCACCACCGCAGCAGCAGCACCUGCACCGGACCAUGCACGACGACAAGAACCCGCAGCAGCCACCCGUCACGCCCAUGUCACCGGCGUCGCUGUUGGCUGGCUCCAUGUACACGUUCGAACACUACCUGCACACCAAGUACCUGCCAGACAUUUUCCGGAAGCGGCGGAGCCAUUCCGACUCCGAUGUUCCUAUGUGGUUCGAAGCGACCAAAGCCGAACACUGCAGCGGUGGAGGUAACGACGACACGACCGCAUCAACUGCUGCGGCUGUCCGAGUGACAGCGUCGGCCGCUGCCGCGACCAUUGGUCGGAGAGGCAAGAGGCCGUUCUCGGUACCCCACCCGCUGGACAAGCCGGCUCGGAAGAGGGGCCCGAACGGAUGCAGGUCGUCCGCGCCGGUUCCACCACCACCUCAACCGCCCCAAGACUCGCCGCUUGACCUGUCAAUGAAGAACGGCGGCGGUUGUUGGCCGUUUACUGCGCCCGAACCCCCGGUGGCUGAACCCUCAACCACCAUCGCCAACUCCGCGUCAAUGCCGUCACCCCCGCUCCCGGCCACCGCCUCUUCCACCACUUCUCCGCCGGCCACGUCGGUGGUGUCUGUGGGUUACUACAGCCGGCCGGGGAGUGCCGGCGGUUACUCCGUGCCGGUGGUCAAGGGCGACGUGGCGUCGCGUACCACUAAGGCGUCGGUGGCCGUCCGGUACAACCUGGAAGUGUCGCCUGUCGUCGAGGAGAUGCCCGUCGGCUCGGACGUGGCGUACGUGUGUCCGGUGUGUGGACAGAUGUUUAGCCUGCACGACCGGCUGGCCAAGCAUAUGGCGUCCCGGCACAAAACCUCGGCGUCUUCGUCGUCGUCGUCCGGCACCGGUACGGCGGCGUCCUCGUCGUCGGAAAACGGCGGCGACUCGUCCGGCGGCACGGCCAAGGCGUACCCUUGCGAGGUUUGCAACCGGUCGUUCGCGCGCAGUGACAUGCUCACCCGACACAUGCGACUGCACACGGGCGUCAAGCCGUACACGUGCCGAGUGUGUGGGCAAGUGUUCUCUCGGUCCGACCACCUGAGCACGCAUCAGCGUACGCACACAGGCGAAAAACCCUACAAGUGUCCCCAGUGCCCGUACGCCGCGUGCCGCCGGGACAUGAUCACCCGGCACAUGCGCACCCACUCCCGGUACGAGAUGGUCUCGUCAUCUUCGGCGUCCGGCGCCGCGGCCAUGGCCGCCGCGCUCGGCCUGGACCCACCGUCGCCCACCUCGCCCACGGGUGGAAAACUGUUGAUGUCGCCCCCGCUCGAGGUACUCUGCAAAUCAGAACCGCAGUAA